CUGAUUUUGACAUUUGUAGAGGUCAUUCAAAUAAAGAGAUAAACAUAAUAUUUGAAAUUGAUGCUUUAACACAGAUACUGUUUCAUUAAAAACAAUUCUAUUUUAAACGUUAUUGUGAUACAUAGAACAUGGCGUAUAAAGCAAGGCUUAAAGAAUUUGAUUCAGUUCUCAGUCAGAAUGUUAUAAACAUAACCAUAUUGAAGUCAUUAACAUUUCAUGGUAUCCCUGAUGAUCAAGGUAAAAGAGCUCUCUGUUGGAAACUCUUAUUAAAUUAUUUACCUUUGGAAAGAGAAAAAUGGACUGAUUUUUUAGAGGAAAAAAGAAAAUUAUACAAACAAUUUAUAGAUGAAAUGAUUGUGAUGCCGGGUGAAAACGAAGCUAAUGGAGAUGUAACUUUUGGAGACCAUCCUUUAAGCAUUAACCCAGAUAGUCAGUGGUCCACCUAUUUUAAAGAUAACGAAGUUUUAUUACAAAUAGAUAAAGAUGUUAGAAGACUAUGUCCAGAUAUAUCGUUCUUUCAACAACCUACAGAUUUUCCUUGCGAAGAAAUAGUGAAUAGUAACGAAGUCAAAAGAUUGCAUACAAGAGUACAAAGAAGAGUUUUAAACUGUGCCAAUGUUGAAAGAAAAGGUUUGGGUAUUACCAAGAUAGCACUUUUGGUUAAAAAAGCUAACGAGGAUUAUGCACCAAUGGCUGAAGGCAAAGAAGCUCACUGGGAAGUUGUAGAAAGAAUCUUAUUUUUAUAUGCCAAAAUGAACCCAGGACAAGGAUAUGUUCAAGGAAUGAACGAAAUAAUUGGACCUAUAUAUCAUGCUUUUGCCUCAGAUCCUGAUAUAUCAUUUAGAGAAUUUGCGGAGGCUGAUAGCUUUUUUUGUUUUACAAAUUUAAUGUCUGAAAUACGUGAUUUCUUCAUAAAAAGUCUAGAUGAAACAGAUCAUGGUAUAAAUAAAAUGAUGAGCAGAAUGUUGACUCAAUUAAAAAAUAAUGAUCUUGAUGUCUGGCUGAGAUUCCAACAAAUGGAUUUAAAACCUCAAUAUUAUAGUUUUAGGUGGAUUACAUUAUUAUUGUCACAAGAGUUUCCCUUACCAGAUGUUUUGAGGAUAUGGGAUUCACUUUUUUCUGAUGAAAACCGUUUCAGUUUUCUCAUUUAUGUUUGCUGUGCAAUGAUUGUUAUAUUAAGAAAUCAACUGUUGGAGGGAGAUUUUUCCUCAAACAUUAAAUUACUACAGAAUUUUCCUCCGAUGGAUGUUCAAAUUAUUUUGUCUAAAGCUGUUGAAUUGUCUCGAAAAAAGUUCUGAUAUUUACCUAAAAACACCAUUGAUUGAUUUUUACACCAACACCAUUGAUAAAUUAUUUAGACUCAUUACUCAAUUUUAGAAAGGCUCAUAAUAUACGUAAUAUCAAUCUGUAAGUGUAUAUUUACUUUAAUUUUAGGUAUUAAAAUAUGAUUUAUUACUUUUUAUAUUUGUAAAUAUAUGCAAUUAUAUUUUUCUAUUAAAAACAACA